ACACAGAUAAGACAGAAAGAGAGAAGCGAGGGAGUCACAGGCCAUGUUCAAGUGAGAAGAGAAAAGAGAAGACAUGAGACUCGAGGAGAAGAGGACAGAAUGUGCACAGUCACCAAACAGAAAAGCCGAGGCAGCAGUCCAAUGGCGCAAGUAUGACACCGAGUUAAUUACCUGGUGGAGAUGUAGCAAACACUCCUGACACAUUCAGAGGAAGGGACAACAUUAACUGCUGCUGACUCUGGAGGAAACAGUGGACACAUGUUGGCUGUUUUUGUUGUUGUUGUUUUUUUUAAUUAUCCUCUAAAAUGAGGAUGACUAAAUGACUAACGAGGGAAUCCACUGACGGGGCUCAGCACAAAGGUCCAUCUUAGGAAAGCAAGUGGAUAAACUUCCAGACUUGAAGGCCUCUGAGGCCCAACCAGGAUGCCAGAACGAGUGUACGACUUCCAGGGCCAGAGUUUUCACAAGCUGCGGCAGGCCUGCCUCCGUCGAGGAGCGCUCUUCAAGGAUCCUCUAUUCCCCGCCACAGACCAGUCCCUCUUUUACAAGAGACAGCCUCCACCGGGUCUGACCUGGAAGAGGCCGAGGGAGAUUUGUAAGGACCCCCGUCUGUUUGUUGAUGGCAUCAGCACUCGUGAUUUGCACCAAGGAAGUCUGGGUAACUGCUGGAUGGUGGCAGCCAUUUCUUGCCUGGCGUCUGAGCCAUCACUAUGGAAAAAGGUCAUCCCCGAUCAUUUGAAUCAGGAGUGGAAUCCAAAGCGUCCCGACUUGUAUGCAGGAAUUUUCCAUUUCAGGUUCUGGCGUCUUGGUCGCUGGAUGGAUGUUGUUGUAGAUGAUCGCCUGCCUGUCAGCGAGGAUGGAGUGCUGCUCUUUUGCCGUUCAGCCACACCACGAGAGUUCUGGAGCGCCCUGCUGGAAAAGGCCUACGCCAAACUUAACGGCUGCUACGAGGCCUUGGAGGGAGGGAACACUGCAGAGGCCCUGAUCGACUUCACUGGUGGAGUUUCAGAGCCUCUCAGUCUGGAUCGUGAGGCCCUGAGACUGCACAGUGACCAGAGGAGGGCGCUCUUCCAGACUUUAACCAAGGUCCAUGAAUGUAAAUCCCUCAUCACUUGCUCCAUACGGCCUGCAGAGGGAGAGACCGUGGAGUCAGUGCUGGAGUGUGGGCUCGUGCGAGGACACGCCUACGGGAUCACGGCAGUGAGGAAGGUGAGGUUGGGGGAGAAGGUACUGAAGACAGGCGGGACAUCCAGACUCUUUAUGGUCCGCAUGAGGAACCCGUGGGGGACCACAGAUUGGACCGGUGCCUGGAGUCAGAGGUCAGAGCAGUGGCAGCAACUGAGUCGUGCAGAGAGGGACAAGAUGGGGCUCGUUGUUCGUGAUGUUGGGGAGUUUUGGAUGGAUUUCGAGGACUUCUGUCAACAUUUUACAGAUGUGGUGGUGUGCAGACUGGUGGAGAGGACUCUGCUGUGGCCGAGAUUUCGCUGGAGAGAAGUGAGCUGCUAUGGGGAGUGGGUUCUACCUCCCCCCACCCAUGGAGCACCUCCACCCACUGUGCUCCAGAGUAACCCUACACUGACCCUGAGUAAGAGCAGCAACGGGCUUGGAGGGACCAAGCAGCGUGGAAACAGAAAGGAGGAUCGACUCGGUGAGAGUCAACAGGAAGGAAGGAAAAGAGGAAGAAGCAAGCCUGAUGCGAACAAAGUGACAACAGAAAAGGGUGGUGGGAAGGUGAAUGGAGUCUGGAAGGUGGAGCUGGAUAAGAGGAGCCGGUGUGGUGGAUGUAUCAAUCACAGGGACACCUUCCUGCACAACCCACAGUUCAUGUUUGAGGUGCGAGCCAAAGAGGAGGAGGUGCUGAUCUGUCUGCAGCAGGAGGACAGGAGGAUGUGGAGGAAAAAUGGAAAAGGAGAAAACCUGCCUAUUGGCUUUGAGGUGUUGAAGGUGGAGGUGAACCGCAGCAGUCGGGUGCAGUGCGUGGCAGAGCAGGCGGCCAGCUCCAUCUACAUGGAUUCCCGCAGUGUGACACUGAGGGGAACUCUGGCUCUGGGACGUUAUGUUGUGCUGCCCACCACCUUCCUGCCGGGCGUCACUGGACGCUUCCUGCUUCGCCUCUUCUCCCACUCUCAUAUCAGACUCAGGGAACUGAGGGAGGACUUACCGUCUCCCUCUGUGCUCCACUGUCUUCUACCUCAGCCCACAGUGGUAACCACAGUUUAUCUCCGCAGGGCGUCAGGACUCAGCCCUCCCAAACAAACAGCCCCCGAUGUUUACGCUGUAGUGAGAUGUGAGAAUGACAACGUCAGGACGCGGGUGUUCAAGGAGAGCGGAAACCCUGAAUUCAACCUGAGAACCAUCUUCUACAGGAGAUACCCCAACACAGACAUCUCUGUUGAGAUAUACAGCAGAGGUCUGCUGUGGGACUCGCUCCUCGGUGAGACUCGACUCCAGACGGCCGAGUCUGAGAGGAGUCGAAGCCUCGUGAUGAAUCUGCGAGGCGGACGGUCUCGUUCAGGGCUCAGAGGUUGCGUCUAUCUUGAGACGUCUUCCAGCGUGUGCCUCACAGACUUGUGACAGUCUGGCUGCCCUGGCAAACACUGCCCUCUCAGUUAUGCAGGCAC